AUGGAGAAGCCCGGCGCGACCCUGAGCGCCGCGGUCCGGGAGCACCUGAGACACUUGUGUCUGCGCGAGUUCCCGUGCGGCACCGGCAGCUGGAAUAAGUCACGCUUUCUUCCUCGAACUUGGAGAACAUGGAAGGAGCUGGUCCCCAGAGAGGAGGCCGUGAACCCUGGGGAGGAGACCGUGGAUGCACUGCUGGGCCUGGUCCGCAGCCCCCACUCACCCUGGGCUCUGCUGGAGGGCUCCAGUGCAGAGGACCAUUUUCUGAGAGAACUGGCCAUCCAGAAUCCCCUGAUGCUCAAAGACACCUUCUUCUACUCCUACUUCAGGUCCCUACGGGUGGUGGACAAGCAGGUGAGCCUGGUGGAUAAAGGUCUCCUGAAAUUUCAGAAACUUGAAGAGUUGGUACUGAGUGCCAAUCAGAUCAAGGAGAUCGAUGCCAUCAACCUGCCCCCAACCCUCAAGGUGCUGGAGCUCUACGGCAACAAGAUCAGCAGCCUGGAGUGUCUGUGCACUAACCCGCCCCCUUUUCUCCAGCACUUGGGGUUGGGUCACAACAAGCUUCUGGGCCCCUUGCAAAGUCUGUAUGUCACCGUGGAUCACUGGCCCAACCUCGUCUCUCUGGACCUGAGCUUCAACGACCUGACGGACCUGCAGGGCAUGAUCGCCAGCCUCAGCACCCUCCCACACCUGCGGCUGCUCGUGCUGCAAGGGAACCCCCUGGCCCUGGUGCCCUACUACCGAGGCUUCACCAUCGACAGCCUGUCCGGGCUCUGCGUGCUGGACGACAUCACCGUGUCUCCCAGUGAGAAGCAUCAGUUCCGGGGGCUCAGCCACAGUGGGGACCUCUUGGCCCGUGAGGCCCAACUCGUGGUGACUAUUGGAAAUGUCAAGGGCGUUCUGGACACCUCUAUCCUGGACCCGGAGCCGGGGCCUCAAGGCCCUUUUAUCACUUACAGCUACUACGUGACCUACGAUUUUGUGGAAGACCAAGAAGGAGAAGGAAGUGAUUACGGUGGCGUGCUGGCUGAGAUCGUCAAGCCGUCGCCCAGCAUGGAACAGCUGGGCGAGGACAUUCCCGAAGAGGUCUUCGAGGAGGCUGAAGACUCGCUAGAGUCCGGGCUGUCCACCCAGUCGGGAGAGCUGGAGGGUUCGGUGGCCUCGGGCGGGUCGGGGCCCUUGCCCAGGGUGACCGACUCCUCCGAGGAGCUGGCCAAGUUGCGGCCGCGAAUAGAUCCCCGGCUCUGCCCCUCCCCAGGGACGGUUCUCUUCAGCACCGUCCGCAAGCCCUGGACUGACGUCAUCCCCUGCAACUACAAGAUGCAGCACAUGCUCAGGGACCUGGUGCCCCUCAAGGCCUUCCUGCUGGCGGGGACCACCGUGACCAUCGUGGAGGAGAAGAUCCUCUCCUGGCCUCUGGUGCCUCCGCCUGUCGACGCGGCGUUGCCUGACAAGAAAGCAAAAGGGGAGAAGAACAAGAAGGAGAAGAAGGACAAAGACAAGAAGGGGAAGGACGGGAAAGGGGAGAAAGAGACGGCGCCCGAGGGGCAGAAGGCGUCCAAGAAGAAGGAGCUUCCCAAGGAGCUCCGCCAGGACCCGCCCAUCCUGCGGGUGCUGGGCAGCGGCUUCGUGGCCCUGGAGCCCCUGCUGGUGGGGGAGCCACUGGUGUCCGAAGAGUGCAACUUCGGGGUGAUCCGCACCCUGGAAACUGACAGGCUGACCUUUCUCAGGGAUGCAAAGAAGAACAAGAACAAGAAAGCUAAAAAGGAAAAAAAAUCUGCGGCUCCAACGUACGACAGCGACUACCAGCCCCAGCCGCUGACGGUGGAGGUGCAGAUCCAGCUGAACCAGUACCGCUCGGCCGAGGAGGCGCUCCGGGAGAUCGCCCUUGGGCCGUCGGGGCCAGGCGGCCUCCUGCUGCCCCUCUGCUUCUGCUCGCCCGCCGGGGCCCGAACGGCCGGAACCGGGCCUCGUGGACCGGGAGGGGUGUCCGCCGCGGGGCCCCUGCUCUUUGCUCCGACGACCACGCCGGCCUUCGGCCCCCACAACAGCCAGUUAGAGGCUGUCGCGAGGAAUGAACUAGCCCUUGGCACUUUCCCUUAUCGGAGCGUGUUGGGUCGCCGAGCCCCCAGGACCCGAGACGGCUGUCCCCGCCAGAAACAAUUGCAGACCCUUGGGACUCGGCAGCACACUUGCGGGGGGGGGGGUCGUGCCCUCGCUGAAGCCCACGCGGGGUUAAGAACCGGGCUCCUGGGGGCUCACCGUAUGGAGACCUACACGGGGCGCACGCUCCUGGCCGCAGAGCCGUCGCACCUGCUCCGACUCCGGGAGCUCCGUGACGCUGCCUGGCACAACCCCCCCGCCCCCCGGUCUUUGCGCACCGUCUCAAGUCGGGAUUGGUUUUGUUUGGUCUCUGUCCUCCGCGGCCCUGCCUGUCGUGGCGGCCUCGGCAUCCCCGGCGGCCGGAAGCGGUGUGGGACCGGGAUGGGGCGACUGCGGGCGGACUGGGUAGAAGUGAAGGCCUGUUGGACAAGGACCGCAUGGCAGCUGAGGUGA